UGCAGGAUCUGCUGCUGCGGGCGCUGGAGGUGGAGAUGAGGAGGAGGAGGGAGGAGGAGAAGGUGGAGAGGAGGCUGAAGGUCACCGAGGAGCCGCCCUCGCAGGAGGCCGUGCUGCGGGAGCAGCUGCAGGGGCUGCUGGAGGAGGACGAGGACGAGGAGGAGGAGGAGGAUGAAGAGCGGGAACCGCCCCGGAAACGGGAACAGCCCGAGAGGAAAACCGAGAAACAGCGGCGGAAGGAGAAGGAGAUGAGGGAGAAGGCUGGUGCCCGUGCCCGUGCCCGUUUGGCCACCCAGAGGCGGCAGGGGCUGUUCCAGCUGCGCUCCCUGCUCUGCUCCCUCCUGCUCCGGGACUCGGAGCUGCGGCGCCGGCGGCUGCUGCGGGAUCGGCGCCGGCGGCUGCGGGAAACGGCCCCGAAACGGCUGGGACCGCUCCG